UCGAGCUCAAGGAUACUUCAUAUAUUCCUGCUCUCUUCUAUAGUGAGGAUGUACGGACGUUGAAAGUUGCAAGCAGGCCUGUCUGAAAAAUUGCUCCUGCAAAGCUGCAAUAUUUACAAAAUUUUUGAGUUUUAAAAGAUGCUCUUUCCUAUCUGAAAUCUUUUCUCUCACGGAUAUGGCAGCAAAUAAAGAACUACUUGAUUCGACCGUAUUCCUUAAGGUGCAAAACCUUCCAAAAAAGCCCAAGGCUCCUUCGCCAGACAUUAAUCGUCCCCUUGUCCCUCCUCCUCCCUCAAAUACAGGGAGCGAGAUUAUAGUCAUACUGGUAUCCUGCUUUGCAGCUUUCUUUGUUCUAUUUCUUACCGUCAUGACAAGGCAAUCUCUUUCUCUGAAUAGAUACGAUGCCAAGGAAGAUGAGGAGGAUUAUCUCCGCCAAGUACCAGGGUUGCCUACUAGAUUCUCUUAUGAAGUCUUGGUAGAGGCAACUGAAAAUUUUAGUCAGAAUCUUGGAAAAGGAGGAUUUGGUUGUGUCUUUGAAGGGAUUCUGAGUGAUGGCACCAAAAUUGCAGUCAAGUGUCUCAAUGGUUUUGCUCAAACUAGAGAUUCGUUCUUAGCCGAGGUUGAGACAAUAGGCAGCAUUCACCAUCUCAAUUUGGUAAAACUAAUUGGAUACUGCGCCAGUAAAUCAAAUAAGUUCUUAGUUUAUGAAUAUAUGUGUAAUGGAUCCUUAGAUAAAUGGCUCUUCCACAGAAACCAAGAGCUUGCCCUUGACUGGCAAACCAGAAGGAAGAUCAUCCUGGAUAUAGCAAAGGGUCUAACCUAUCUCCACGAAGAAUGCCAAAAGAAAAUAGUACACUUAGACAUUAAACCCCAGAAUAUCCUUUUGGAUAAAAAUUUCAAUGCAAAAGUUUCUGAUUUUGGUCUGUCCAAGAUAAUGGACAGGGACCAAAGCCAAGUUGUGACGACAUUGAGAGGAACUUUGGGGUAUUUGGCUCCUGAAUGGUUCAGCUCUGCAAUCACAGAAAAAGCAGAUGUAUAUAGCUUUGGUGUUGUGACCUUGGAAAUUUUGUGUGGACGAAAAAAUCUGGAUCACGCUAGGCCUGAGAAAGAUAUGCAUUUGUUGAGUCCUUUCAAGCUGAAGGCAGAGGAGGGAGGACUGUCAGAUUUGGUUGACAAGCAUAGCGAGGAUAUGCAGGUACAUGGAGCAGAGGUUGUGGAGAUGAUGAGAGUUGCUGCAUGGUGUUUACAAAGUGACAUCACUAGGAGGCCUUCCAUGUCAGUGGUGGUUAAGGUCUUGGAGGGAGUGAUAGCUGUUGAGGAUAAUCUGGACUACAAUUUUUUCAAUCCACCAGCCCAAAGAGGGAUGGAAGCAGUUGGCUGCCAAGAGUUUGUCUUUGCCUCUCCACUAUCUUCAUCAGUCCUAUCAGGACCCAGGUAGGAAAGUAAAAACUUCAAGCCACAAACGCUUCAACAAUAAAUGCUACUGCUAUGGUCUUUGGGUUCUUUCUGCUCAAUAGCUUCUAUUGGAUUUAUCUAGCUGUCUUGGAGGUAAUGGCAGUUUCUGUUUUCUUGGUUUUGUGGCAAUUGUUUUCUGCAGGAAAUUUGUUUGAAUUAUCAUAUACUCUCCUCUUCAAUCCUUUUUCAGUUCAAUCAAUCCUUUGUCAGUUAUUGAGAUAAUUGAAGACUUAAAUGGGCACAGCAAGCUCUAGAUAUGUUCUUUUCGGCUUCUCAAAAAUUUAGUAUUUUGUUAUGUCAUAUGGUCUGGCUUUUCUUGGAUGCAAAUAAAGCAUUUGUUUCUGGAAAUCAUAGGGAAUUUCAUCCUUUUGAGCUACUUGA